AUGGAAGAAUCAAAUGAUUCUAUAUCAAUUGUAAAUAAAGAAAAUGAAACAACCAAAUUAAUAAAUAGUGGUGAAGAUGCUUCAUUUAAUCAAAUUCAUAAAAUAUCAUUAAUUAUUGUUAUGGCAAUUGGUUUCAUUGCAAAUGUAGAAUACGGAAUUGUAAUGCCAUCACUUUUAGCAUAUGUAGAGUCAGUAGGAGGAAAUAACAAUGAUCUUGGAUGGGCAUUGGCAAUGUUUAGUUUAGCACAGGUUAUAUUUUUACCAUUGGUUGGAAUUUGGGCAGAUAAAAGAACAAUGAAAGAAGCUCUUAUUGGAUGUUUGGUCAUAGGUAUAACUGGUAAUGUGGUAUAUGCAAUGUCAGUUAAACCAAUAAUGAUAAUUAUUGGCCGUUUUAUUGCAGGAAUUGGUAGUAGUAAUAUGGCAAUUACUACAAGUUACAUUGCCGCAGUUUCAACAAAGGAACAAAGAACCAAGUAUAAUGGCAUAAUUAAUGGUAUUAAUGCUAUUGGACUUGUUGCAGGACCUGCAUUUAACCUUGGUAUAAAUGCAAUUAAUACAGGUUUUUGGAUUGGAAAAGUUCAUUUUAUUUUCGAUCCAUUACGUUCUCCUGGUUGGUUUUUAGCAAUAUUAUUGUUUUUAACUUUAGUAUCAUUCAUUUUAUUUAAAGAACCAACUUAUAAAGAAAGAUCAGAUAUUGAAAAUAACGACAAUGUUGUUCAAGAAUCAACUGUUAAUGAAACUCCAGGUGGUGAAAAUAGUAAAGAGUCAUUAGAAAAGCAAAUAUUUAUUAAAAAAAGUGCAAGUCAUUUGGGAUUAAAUAAAUAUUCAAACACAGAUAUAAAUAACAAUAGUAAUAAUAAAUAUAAAUAUAAUACUUUUAGCAAAUAUCAAUCAAUUAAUAAUGAAGAGGAUCAAAAUAAUAAUAGCAAUUAUAAUAAUAGUUUAAUAUAUAGAAUAAAUAAUAAUAGCAAUAAUGAUCCAAUUUCAAGCACAAUGAUUACACCCCAUUCAUCAUUCUCACAUUUCUCAAGCAGAAAAAUCCAUAAAAGUACCCAAGACACACCAUCACCAUCUCUUUAUAAAAUAAAUAAAAAGGAGCCAACAUUUUUAGAAAACUUUAAGAAAAUUUUAGAUGCAUCAUUAUUAACAUGUUUUGUUAUUAAUUUUGUACAAAAUUUUGUAUUUGGUGUAUUAGAAACAUUAAUCACACCAAUCACAGCUGAACAGUAUGGUUUCAAGACACUUCAAAAUAGUAUAAUGUAUAGUUGUGUAUCCCUAGAAAUUAUUGUAUUCAUCAUAUUCACAUUAAUUGUAACCGGUAAAGGAGGUCAAGAUAAGCAUGUAAUCUUAUUUGGAAUGAUAUUUUUAGGUGGUGGUCUAAUAUUGAUGAUGAUAUUUUUUGGUAUUGGUUUAGCAUCAGAUAAAGUACCAAUUUGGAAAUUCAUUUUAUCAGUAGCAAUUACAACUGUUGGUAUUCCUACUCAAAACACAUCUGUCUACAGUCUUUAUUCAAAACUUUUAAAUAGAAUUUAUGGUGAUGACGAAACUCAAGGUUUUGCAAGUGGUUUUAUGAUGCUCAUGGGAUCUGCUGCCAGAAUCUUAGGUCCUCUUUGGGCUGGUUAUGGUUUAGAAAUGGUUAGACGUCUUCCUUUAUUCAUCGUAUUAAUUGCAAUGUUCAUUUUUGACAUCUCCAUUGUUUUGUUAUUCUGGAAGAAAUUAACUUUUAAAUUUGACCCAAAUGCAAAAAGUGGUGUUGUAAUUUCUCAUUAA